UUAGUUAUCAAGAUUUGUGUAAAAUAUGAUAACAGAGUACGUUCAUUUCAACUAUAACUGAGAUACUAAAGCAACAAUACUACAUAUUUCCCUCAUUAAUAGAAGUGUACCUUUAAAGAUUCAAAUUAUGGAAGAAAAAAAAGGAUUUCAAAUGCCUGGAAUCCGGUACUUGUUUUCAACUGCUGGUUUUCUUGGAUUUUGCACCAUUUAUGCCAUUAGAGUGAAUAUCAAUGUUGCUAUUGUAGCAAUGGUAAAUGGUACAGCUGUCUACAAAAGUGACAAUGCGACAACAUCCGAUGAAUGCAAAGUGACACCUCCUCCCUUCAGUGACAAUUCUUCUUUAUACGACGUACCUAAGGAAGGUGAGUUCAUCUGGUCCCCUCAAUUACAGGCAGUUGUUCUCGGGGCAUUUUACUACGGUUAUUGUAUUUCCCAGAUACCCGGUGGAAGGCUGGCUGAAAUAUUCAGUGCAAAAUGGGUUUUUGGAAUUGGCACAUUCAUCACUGCUCUGCUCACAUUGCUAACGCCUGCCGCAGCUCGCAUGCAUGUAGGUGUUCUAAUUGGCAUUAGAACCCUUGAAGGACUAGCACAGGGAGUCACGAUGCCAGCAAUGCAUUCCAUGUUGGGACGGUGGUUACCAGAUUCAGAAAGAGCGUUUUUGUCUACGAUAGUAUAUUGUGGAAUCAACGUAGGUACCGUUUCAGCAAUGCCCGUGUCUGGUAUUCUGUGUAAUUCAGAUAUAUUUGGAGGGUGGCCCUCUGCUUUUUACAUCGUUGGAAUUUUUGGAUGCAUUUGGUUUCUACUAUGGAGUUUUCUUGUAACUGAAACACCCCAUACCCACCCAUGGAUCUCAAAAGAAGAACUUAAACAUAUUACAUCAGACCAAAAAAUUGAACUGAAAGACGACCUACCACCCAUCCCUUGGUUCAAAAUUAUGACAUCGGUUCCAUUCUGGGCUCUCAUCAUCACACAGAUUGGAGCAGAUUGGGCUUUUUACACGCUUGUCAAUGAUUUACCCACUUUUUUCGCUACUAUGCUGCACUUUAACGUAGCAAAGAAUGGAUUCUUAUCAUCGUUUCCUCAUCUUCUCCAAACCUUUUUUGGUCUCGUAGCAGGAUUCUUAGCAGAUUUUAUGGUACAAAGAAAACUCGCCUCAACGAACUUCGUCAGAAAAUUUUUCAACUCAUUGUCUGGUUUCGGGCCUGCUCUUUCUCUAGUAGCAGUCUGCCUUGCAGGAUGUGAUGUUUCACUGAAUGUCAUUUUCUUCACACUUUCCUUGUCAUUGGGAGGUUUCUGUUAUAGUGGGUACAUGCUGUCCCACCUUGAUUUAUCUCCAGAAUAUGCAGGUACUCUCAUGGGAAUAGCCAACACUAUUUCGAAUUUGACUGGCUUUCUAGCUCCUCUCGUUGUUGGAACUCUAACAGAAAACCAACAAACACUACAUCAAUGGAGAAUAGUUUUUGGAAUUUCCGCCAUCCUUUUGAUGUUUACAAGUUUGAUUUUUCUGUUUUUUUCUUCUACAAAGAAACAAGAUUGGGCAGAAAGAAAUUGUGAAAGCCGAAUAUUAAUAAACAAUUCAAAGACAUCCUUAAAUGGUAGAACUAGUUAUGAUAGUGUUCAUUGCUGAAAAAAUGUAUAAAGCUCCUUGUAAUUUAUUUUUCGAAUUGAGUCAGCCCAUUUCGUCAUUGAGUCAGCCCAGAAUCAAAUCAGCCCAUUUCGACCAGUUUUUAUAUGGGCAUUAUUAAAUCAACAAACAGUUGUAAUUAUUUAAUAUUAUUAUUAUAUUCUGCGUGAUAUGUAUGGUACAAACUGUGGUGACAUUUAAAUUACCAACAAUAUUUAAAACUUAUUGUAGUGAGAAAAAUGUUUAUUUAUUUAAAUGUUGAAAUGUAGAAAGAAAAUAAAGAACUCUUGUUUUUAACA